CUGAGUGAGUCUGCUGCAACCAUCAUUCUCACUGGGUCCUCUGAAACUAUGCUCUACUUCAGCAGCGCGCUCUUGCUGGCGGCAGCCUGUCUGUUCGUUAGCACAGGUGCACACAAAGCUACCACAUGUGGGAACCAUGUUCAUCGUCUGAGCUGUGAAACUGGAGUGAUAAUUGUGCAGAACUCCUUGUACGGACGUGCAGACGGUGAGACAUGCGCCGGAGGAAAAACUGCAGAGGAGGUCGCUAACACUGCAUGCUCUCUGGAAAGCGCUGAUAACACCAUUAAGACAAUGUGUAACGGCAAGAAGGUGUGUGAGGUAACCCCAGCUAUCUUUACUACAGACCCCUGCAAUGACACCUUUAAGUACCUGGAGACCAACUACUCCUGUGUGCCAGCAAUUCACCUCAUAGCAUGCGAGCAUUCUCUGGCACAUCUGCAAUGCGAUGCGGGGCAAAUUAUACAUGUUUACCAUGCUGAUUUUGGACGGCGGGAUCCAAACAUAUGCUCCUUCAGACGGGAUAAGGAACGGCUCCAAAAUGUCAAGUGUUCACAUCCCACUAACAAAGUUGCUGAAAGGUGUAAUAGGAGAAGCAGCUGUAGCAUGAGAGCAGCCUCCUCAGUGUUUGAGGAUCCUUGUCCCAACACCUACAAGUACCUGGAGCUGACCUACACCUGUCAGCAAGCUUAAGAGGUUCUUCAGGGGACUACAUAUACUGUAAUGACAGUAUCUGACACAGAAUAAAAUCUGAAACAAGAAUA